AUGAUACUACACCACUACCUCCCCACCCCACGCCAUUCUCAUUCUUCCCCGCCGCUCCUCCCCUCUUUCCCACGAAAAGAGAAUCUCUCUCCCCCACCCUCCUUCUUGCUCUCCUUAACGCCGCCGUAGCUUCCCAUUUCCCUCUUCAAUCGCUGUUACCAUUCUCUUGUCUUCUUCUACUAUUCUUUUUUCCCUUCCCCUUCGCAUGUUCUCAGAGCUCCGCCCCUACCCGAAUUUUUCCUCUUCUCCAAUCUCUCUCGAUUACAAACAAUUCAGGUCGUCGUCUUUCCUUGUCGAGAACCCGGAAGGUGAUGGUGACCAGAUUCAGUUUUUUCUAAGUGGAGGCAGGCGAGUGUUUAGCAAAAUUAGGGUUCCAAGUUUCGCCAGACUUUUCAACCCAUAAUUUUGCAUUUUAUAUUUUCGUUUUUAUUUUAAAAUCAGGCGGCCCAAAAUGAAAAACCGAUUGAACGGUCUGAGCGGUUCGCACGAUUAACCAUGUUGACAGCUCACCUACCGGCCAUUUGACCCGAAGCGGCUAUUUAAUUGAUCCGAACCGAGAUGACAACCGGGUGUCGGUUUUGGCGGUUGGACCGACAAGCUCGGGUCGGUCUUGAUAACAGUGCUAUUAAGUAUUAACCAGACACCAGUAUUCAAAUCAAGGAUUCGUAAUGCUUUUGGAAGGCCAAUUGAGACCGAAGCGAAGCAAAGCAGGCAAUCAAUUCCACGAUGCCCUACAGGAUAAAACAAACUAAUAAACAUUGUCACGAGGGAGCAAAAUCUGGGAUGAGUAUCAACUAUCCAGCAAAGCAAUGACCUAAAGCCACCUACCUAACCAACGAAAACCAAACUUUUGCCGAAUUCCUUUACAUGCUUGUAUUUUUGUAUUCGUUUCCUUGGAUUUUGCGGCUUCCUCUGUUCUUCCGCCUCUCCCACUCUCCAAAGCCCAAAGCUUUCCCAUCCUUCGUAUUCUUCUAUUUCCCAUCGACCAAAGUCUCGACAUUUUCCAGUAUCUCAUCCCUUGAUUCCUUUUAAUCGACACAACCCUUCUCCUUGUUCAUCAAAUUGACAAUACCCAAUUAUUGUUUUCUCCUCAGAGCUCCCAGACCAGGCAUAUAGAAAAACUGAGUUCCAGUUUUCGUUUUCAUGGGAAGGUGCUCGCUGUUUGAUCUCGAGCGGCACUUCGCCUUCUAUGGAGCUUAUCACAGCAACCCAACUAACAUUCUGAUUCACAUGAUAUUCGUCUGGCCGAUUCUCUUCACUGCCCAAUUGAUUCUCUACUUCACGCCUUCUUUACAGCCCAAGUUUGAGUUCUCCCUCUUGGGGAUCGAUGCCUUUCUAGUUCUCAAUGUCGGGUUGUUGUUUACAGUGAUCUAUGGUGUUUUCUAUAUCUGUUUGGAUAAGAAAGCUGGCUCCUUGGCUGCUCUGCUUUUGCUCUUCUGCUGGGUAGCCAGCAGCUUCUUGGGUUGCUGGCUCGGAUUCUCCCUUGCUUGGAAGGUUGUUGUGGUUGCCCAGAUAGUAUGCUGGACUGGACAGUUCAUUGGGCAUGGUGUCUUUGAGAAACGAGCACCAGCUCUUUUGGACAACCUCAUUCAAGCAUUUCUAAUGGCUCCCUUCUUUGUGUUAUUGGAGACUCUGCAGACCUUCUUCGGUUAUGAACCGUACCCUGGAUUUCAUGCAACUGUUCAGGCCAAGGUUGAUACUGAGAUCCGUGAGUGGCAAGAGAAGAAGCAGAAGUUACUUAAUUAAGUGCAAACCAUGAUGUCCUUCCAGUUACCUUAUUCCAUCAUAUGCAUGAAUAUUUAACUCCUAAAUCGCUGUGUACUUGAAAUGUUUGAAGCUAUCUGUAUAAAGCCUUCCUCCGUGUUGAACCAAGAAACUCAUAUUGGAAAU